GAGAAACUCACUCGCGUACUGCAUCGCACGGCACACACAGCGCACACCAACUAAUCAACGAACCACGAGCGCGGGUCAGCGCCGAUUUGUAGGUAACAACCACGCGGUCGUGCCGAUGGUUAUGGUGCGACAGCAAUAACGCAAUAACGCGCCGGUGAUAAGCGGUGCGUUGACAAACGGACAGUGAUCGAAUUACCGAUACCCGGAUCACAACUGUUGAUCGAACUGUGAUCGCAAAAUCGGCAGACAAGUGUGUGCCUAUGCCGUUACGAGAGUUCGUUAAGUGCGAUUUGAUUUAGCACGCUCGCUGUAAGUGAGAAAGGGGACUGUCUCGCGUUACUCGCAUGUCCCGCGGCGUGGCAUGUUCUCCGGCCGUUCAUUGUUUACGUUCGGGUGUACGCGUCAAAGGGAGCUACGCGUCGGGGGUUCAUAGCGCGAUUUUCGAGGGUGCAAUUCUCGCGACUUCUUUUUCCGUUGCCGGGCAAUGACUGUGCAGAAGGUCAAGCCACGCGGUACCGCGGCGGAGGAGCAACAACCCUCGGCGUCAGACAUCCUCUCACCGUCGGGCGAACCUCACGAGAAUGACAAGGAACAAUCAUCGCGAAAUUGCUACCGCGGGACCGGUCCACAGGACAGCGAAAAUCUUCUGGGAUGCGUCUUGGCCGAAUUCGACGGGACCACCGUGUUGUGCCGAGUUUGUGGUGACAAGGCAUCCGGUUUUCAUUAUGGAGUUCAUUCCUGCGAGGGAUGCAAGGGCUUCUUUCGCCGGAGCAUCCAGCAAAAGAUUCAGUAUCGUCCGUGCACCAAGAAUCAACAGUGCAGCAUCCUUCGAAUCAACAGGAAUCGCUGCCAGUAUUGCCGUCUCAAAAAGUGCAUCGCCGUCGGCAUGAGUCGUGAUGCGGUGCGAUUCGGCCGCGUGCCCAAGCGUGAGAAGGCCAGGAUUCUGGCUGCUAUGCAACAGAGCUCCCACAGCCGUUCUCAAGAGAAGGCGGUAACGGCCGAACUGGAGGAUGAGCAACGUCUGCUUACAACCGUGGUGCGAGCCCACCUCGACACAUGUGACUUCACCAGAGACAAAGUGGCCCCGAUCCUCGCCAGAGCCCGCGAGACCCCCAAUUACACCGCGUGUCCACCAACCUUGGCAUGCCCCUUGAAUCCUAAUCCGCAACCGUUGACUGGGCAGCAAGAGUUACUUCAGGACUUUUCCAAAAGGUUCUCACCGGCCAUACGCGGUGUCGUGGAAUUCGCGAAACGUAUACCUGGAUUCAACCUGCUGGCACAGGAUGACCAGGUCACUCUAUUAAAGGCUGGCGUUUUUGAGGUGCUGCUCGUGCGGCUGGCCUGUAUGUUCGAUGCUCAAACGAACAGUAUGAUCUGCUUAAACGGCCAAGUGCUCAAGCGAGAGUCCAUCCACAAUAGCAGUAAUGCGCGAUUCCUAAUGGACUCGAUGUUUGAUUUCGCCGAAAGAGUCAAUUCUUUGCGAUUAUCCGAUGCUGAGUUGGGACUGUUCUGUUCGGUAGUGGUGAUCGCCGCCGACAGACCUGGACUUCGUAAUACCGAAUUGGUCGAACGUAUGCACAAUAAACUCCGAAACGCUCUACAGACGAUAUUGGCGCAAAAUCAUCCCCAGCAUCCCGAUAUUCUUCGCGAACUAUUAAAGAAAAUACCCGAUCUAAAAACUCUGAAUACCCUCCACUCUGAAAAAUUGUUGGCUUUCAAAAUGACUGAGCAACAACAGCAGUUGCAGGCCCAACAGCAGCAUCAGCAACAGCAACAACAGCAGCAACAACAAACACACGUCAUUACUACUCAGCAACAGCCUCAUUGGCCAAUGGAAGAGGAACCUCCGGCUUCCUGGGGUUCAGCUUCGGACGUAACUUUGGACGAAGCGGUAAAAAGCCCCCUAGGUAGUGUGUCGAGCACCGAAAGCACCUGUAGUGGUGAAGUUGCCUCUUUGACGGAAUAUCAUCACGUAGCGCCAGCCAGUGGUCAUCACGCGUCGAGCGCGCCUCUCUUGGCCGCCACCCUAGCCGGUGGACUCUGUCCGCAUAGACGACGUGCGAACUCUGGCAGUACCAGUUCUGGCGACGAUGAACUUCAUCGUUCUACCAUGUCAAAAACUCCACAGCCGCCGCAGUGUCGCAGUUUCCGCAAGUUGGACUCGCCAAGCGACAGCGGUAUCGAAUCUGGCACCGAGAAACCCGACAAACCGGCCAGCAGCAGCGCCAGCAGUGCUCCCACGUCCGUAUGCUCGAGUCCACGCUCGGAAGACAAGGAAGUCGAGGAUAUGCCAGUGCUCAAACGCGUGCUUCAAGCACCACCCUUGUACGAUACCAACUCAUUGAUGGACGAGGCUUACAAGCCCCACAAGAAGUUCCGCGCUCUACGCCAAAAGGAUAGCGCCGAGGCCGAACCAGCUGUGGUAGUUCAGCACACACAAUCUCAGCUACACUUGCAUCUAACAUCGCCACCGGCGCGCAGUCCGCCCACUCAAACGGCGCAGUCCCAGUGCCCACAAACGGCGAGUCUGCUAAGCAGCACGCAUUCCACUCUUGCAAGAAGCUUGAUGGAAGGCCCGCGGAUGACAGCGGAACAACUGAAGCGCACGGACAUCAUACACAACUACAUAAUGCGGGGUGAGGCCAGUCCCAGAUCGCCAACAGUGUCACCGUCGCCCGCGGAGCAGUGUGCUUCGACCACUACAGCGAUCACGCGCUCGACGCAAGGAUCUCAGGGUCUGCUACAAUGCGCCACCACGAGCUACUCGAACAGAUGGCCGGCCACCUCGGUGAUCACGACGACGACAGGUGCGCGACAGCAGCAACAGCAGCAACAGCAACAACAGCAGUCUUCCUCAGACUAUCUCGCUGUUGCCAACUCUCCAGCUUCAUCACCGCGAUACCUCUCCGCGGCGGCAACCAGUAGUACGAGCACGAGUCCGAGGCCGACCUCGAGUACGGCAGCCACGUUGGUGUUAUCGGGCUGCCCAAGCAAUAUGAUGGAACUGCAAGUCGACAUUGCGGACAGUCAGCAACCGCUAAACCUAUCCAAGAAGUCGCCGUCCCCGUCACCAUCGCCCAGACCGCUCGUUGGACCUUGCAAGGCCCUCUCUCUCGAGGCGUAGUGUUCUCGCAUACUCGAGUGAUUUCCCGUAAUACGCACUGACGUGCGCGCGCGCGAAAUCGGGAUAUUCGAUCCACCUAUCACCAGUCGGCGAAGACUCGUUGUUACAACGCGGUACAAUCUUUCCCGGCUCUUAACUAGAAACGAAAGUGCCAGGACGC